AUGGCGCCGCGCGAAUAUCCCCUUACUGCUGCUUAUGCGAAGUUCGUGAAUGCCAGUCUGAUCGCACAUAUUGGGAAGGGUGGGAAGCAAGCAGAUCUGCCUGCCGGGAUAAAGAAUGCGACCCAAGACCUGACUCCCAACCAAAAGAACAUAAUCAUAACAGCUCUAGCUGACGAAGUUGACCGAAUACUCAAAGAAGAAUCUGCAGUCCUGGACAUGGGGCCCAAAUACCAAGGCACGAGUGAUGAUGCAAAGAAGUUUUUGCAGGAUGUUCUUGAGCUAGCAGAGAAAGCAAACAUGCCCGAUGCGCAUGCAGCACUUGAAAAGGUGAAAUCAUUCAGCUUUAUUGCGCUUAAAAAGGAGGACAUGGGCAAGACACCUCCUGUGGCUUCGUCUGAACAGGCAGCGCCUGGCGUGACUUCACCCGAAGAGGCAGCGCCUGGCGUGACUUCACCCGAAGAGGCAGCGCCUGGCGUGAAUUUACCCGAAGAGGCAGCGCCUGGCGUGGCUUCACCCGAAGAGGCAGCGCCUGGCGUGAAUUUACCCGAAGAGGCAGCGCCUGGCGUGGCUUCACCCGAAGAGGGAGCGCCUGGCGUGGCUCCACCUGGACAGCAAACAAGGUCCGGCAUCCGUCGUUACCAGAAGGGGAGGAGAUUGCAAGCCGGGGAAAGCAUUGAAGAAAUCGAAGAGGAGAAUAUCCCUUGGGCACAAAGUGACCCGCACGAUUGGCCAUGGGCUACUCACAGGCUGAAAAGUGGUGUCGCGAUCAUGGCUGAGAAGACGACUGAAAGAAUGGACAGCCGCUCAAAUAAAAUCAGCUAUUAUCUUAUUGAACUUCCAGUGCAGACGGAGAAGAACGGUGUUCCUGUUACCCUGUACCAGCAUAAACUGGUUCGUUAUAGUGAUUACCCCGAUGCAAUUGACGCAUGGAAACAAAAUGCAGCAAAAGAAGGAAAAGAGAGAUGUGUUUUUGCGGCGACGGAUAAAGAAGACCCGGAAACCAAAAUAAUAACAAGGAAGAGGGACGGCAAGUCUUACAAAUUUCUACAGCUGGAAUUCGUGGCAAGCUUGACACCGUUGGUAAAGGAUAGGAACGCACAGUCAACACUGCCCGCUGACACGGAAUGUAUCAUAGCCGCUGAAGAAUAUGAGACACCGGUGUUCCUAUCCACGUCACAAUUCAAACGAUUGGUUGGCGACAAAAAGGGCAAGUUGCUCAUCAGCCGUGUCUGCGCAAGGGAUGGGCAGGUCAUACCCGCUAAAACUGAAGCAAGAAGGAUUACGUAUUUAAAUCCAGCGUGUCCCGACAAUACUGAAGAAUUGGAGUUAUUGGAUAGCAGUAGAGCCUCCGCGGCAUUGCCCGAGGGGCAACAAGGACAACAGGGGAUCGACGAAGAUGCUUUAUUCGGGAGAGUCCAGGCCUAUGUGGACAGGAGGUUUACUGAUUUUUCAAAGGAGCUGUCAGCGGCAGUGGCCUCUAGUAUCGCAAAGGAGAUGGACAAAAUGACCAGAGCUCUUGGAUCGAUGAUCGAAUCUCAAAUCCAAGCUCAGAUGUAUGAGGUGCGAGGCUCCAGUGAGAAUCGGGAAACGUCCCCAUCUGCGACCGCAGGACGGCGGCACGAUAUCGCCAUCAGCGAUAAAUUGAGGGACGCACUGCAAGGCUCAUCCGGUAGUCCACGGGAGAGGGAAAGAACGUUGCCGCCCUAUUCAUCCCCUAGUCCUCCGAGAUCGCAUCUGGUACGCAGUUCAAUCGAGGUCUAG